UACUGAACUGGCUAUGGCGAUCUGUCUUCUUGUUCUAACUACCAAUCCAGCAGCGCUAAACGACUGGCUGCCAGAGGUGUGUCGCAUCGUGUGCGUGUUCGUCGCCAGUAUGCUCGACAGUGGCAUGUUCUCACCCGAAGGGUGCGGCUGGCACGUCGAUUUGGCGGAUGUCAGGUUCGUGAGAAAAGUGUCUGGGCUACCGGAGGCGAGCCAGGGUAGAAGGUUUUCGAAGAGACCAAGGGCUGAGGUGACGGAGAAUAUGGGUGACCACGGCCUGGGCCGAACUGUGUUCGUGGUGACCACGGCCUGGGCCGAACUGCGUUCGUGGUGACCACG